AGAAAUUAUUUUAACCGUCUAUAUUUAGUUUCUAUUUUUUUCGUUGUAUAUUAUUUUAUUUUAUAAUGGAUACUCAACCAUCUACUCCUCCUCAUGAGCAUACGUGCAGUACGCCUCCACCAAGUCCGGAAAACUCAUCUUUAUUCAACGAUCUUCCGGGAAGAUCCCAAGAUUUCGAUUUUUUAAAAAUCGAGGAAGUAUCUAACGAUCUGAAAUCGAAAACCGAAUCCCAAAAAAAUGAUUUAAAAGAGAACAAGAAAAUUGAAUCGGGUGAACUUCAAAGCGGUUCAGAAUUUCAGGAAAAUAAAAUAAAUCAUUCAUCAUCUUUAUCCACCGAUUUAAAACAACCUAAAAUCCGUUUCAUUCUACAGCGGCCGCCGCUUCAAGAAAUUAGUGAAAGUUUCCCAUGGAUUCCGGCUCCGACCCCUAUUGUAAAAUUUUUAGAAUGAAUGUAAAUAUAAAGUUCUCUGAUUUCUAAUGUUGUUGGGAGAAGAAAGAACAUUUUAUAUACUUGUACAUAUAUAAUAAACAUAACUAGCCAAA